UGUGUUAUCUUGCGAAGCAGACGUUUCGGAGCAUAGCUGUGACUAUAAGGUCAGUGUGAGUCCUGCAUGUGUUUUAGCCCCAGGAAGAAGAGCUAAUAGGAGAAUAAUGACAGAGAGGGAAACUGCAAACAGGAGAUAAGGCAGGCAGACACAAAAUGGCCAUCGCUGAGAGGGUUGAUUACAGAGGCGGCGAGCAAGCAUAGAGGAAAAGAAGCUAAAUAAAGAGAGAGAGAGAGAGAGAGAAAGAGAGAGAGAGAGAGAGAGAGAGAGAGAAAUAGAGAUGGAGAGGGGGGCGGGAGACAAUGCAGGAUGAGUGGUAUGUGGAUGGAUGGAAGUUCUGACCCCUGGACUCCACCAUGCUACUACCGUCAUCGCUACUACUUCUCCUUGGCCUCCUCCCUUGGAGUCCCAGUGCAUCAUGGGCCGCUAAAGUGAUCGUGGUCCCACCCAUCAUGUUUGAAUCCCACCUUUAUAUCUUCAAGACGCUGGCCACGGCUCUGCACCAGGAGGGCCAUGAGACCCAUUUUCUCAUUUCAGAGGGUCGCGGGGUGCCCCCCUCCCCUAACUACCACUUGCAGCGCUACCCAGGGAUCUUUAACAGCACCACGGCUGACAAUUUCCUCCAGUCCAAAGUCAGCAACAUCUUCUCAGGCCGCCUGACGUUUCUGGAACUGUUUGACAUUCUUGACCACUACUCCCAGAACUGUGAUGCUGUUGUCGGCAGUGUUGAGGUGAUGACUCGCCUCAAGGAGGCCAAGUUUGACCUGCUGCUGGUGGACCCUAAUGAGAUGUGUGGUUUUGUGAUCGCUCAUAUCCUGGGUGUGAAAUAUGCCGUGUUCAGCACAGGCCUGUGGUACCCUGCAGAGGCGGGCGCCCCAGCCCCGCUUUCAUAUGUACCUGAAUUCAACUCAUUGCUCACAGACCACAUGUCUCUGGUCCAGAGGAUCACCAACACAGCUGUUUACCUGGUGCAGCGCUUCGGAGUCCGCUAUAUUGCAUUGCCCAAGUAUGACCGGAUUAUGAAGAAACAUGGAGUGAAGCCUCAAGUGGCCAUGGCGGACUUGGUGCAGGGCAGCCAGCUGUGGAUGCUAUGCACUGACAUGGCUCUGGAGUUCCCCAGGCCCACCCUGCCACAUGUGGUGUACAUAGGAGGCAUCCUUACCCAGCCCCCCAACCCACUGCCACAGGAUUUUGAGGCGUGGGUGAAUGGCACGGCGGAGCAUGGCUUUGUAGUUGUGUCAUUUGGAGCGGGGGUCAAGUACCUUUCCCAUGACAUUGCUCACAAACUGGCAGGAGCCCUCGCCAGGCUGCCCCAGCGUGUCGUCUGGAGAUUCUCUGGAGUUCAACCCAGUAACCUUGGCAACAAUACCAAGCUUGUUGAUUGGAUGCCGCAGAAUGACUUAUUAGGCCAUGCCAACACAAGGGCCUUCCUGAGCCAUGGUGGCCUGAACAGCAUCUACGAGGCUAUGUAUCACGGGGUGCCGGUGGUAGGUGUGCCCCUGUUUGGAGACCACUACGACACCAUGACUCGUGUGGCAGCCAAAGGUAUGGGUAUCAUGCUACACUGGAAGUACAUGACCGAAGAAGACCUCUACACAGCCCUGACCAGCGUCAUCAAAGACACCAGGUACCGCCAGAAAGCGCUUACUCUCUCCAACAUUCACAAAGACCAGCCUGGCCAUCCUGUGACCAGGGCCGUCUACUGGAUCAGUUACGUUCUACGUCACAACGGCGCCAGCCACCUGCGCUCCGCUGUAUAUGAGGUGUCCCCCUACCAGUACUUCCUGCUGGAUGUGAUUUUUACUGUCGGGGCUGCCUUGGCUCUGACCAUCUUUGCCCUGCGAUGGUUGGUACGAUUGCUGAGGGGGAAGGCCGGGGACCAGAGCAGAGGAGGCGGCGUCACCAUGGAUGAUGAUAACCGGGCCAAUGGACAUUGCCACAGCGAGAGCAUGGCCAACGGGAAACACAAACGCAAUGGCUCUUUGAAAAACGAGAAGAAGAUUAAUUAAUGUUUUGAAUGGCCAAGAGGGACGAGGGAGAAGUUGCCCCAAGGACUCAGCUCUAGGUUUGGUUUAGUGGUUUCAUAAAAGCUUUGAGAGAAAGCUGUUCUUAGGUCUGUGUCGGGAGGCAACUGCUACUCUGAGCGAGCAAGAGGUUGUAGGAGGAUACACUGUGCAUCGUGUGGGGACAGAGCAAGGCAUCGGCGGCUCAAAAUCUGUGUGUGUGUGUUUGUGGGUGUAUGUGUGUACGUGUGCACUGAGGCGAAUUUAAUGAAAACUCUAACAAAGCAGCUACUGCAAUUCAACACCAAAUAGAAAAGUCACUGAGGAUGAAACACAGGAAAGACAUAUUUGGAGGACAUUGUUUCUUCAUGUGCGUGAUCUCUCCUGCAUGUUCUCUGCUGUCUUCCUGCCCUUCUUAUCAGUUAAAGGAUGCUAAAGAGGGGAAACCCUGAGCGCCAACCCCUCGUCCUCAGAACAAAACAAGAAAACAAACGGAUAACUUUUAAAUAGUUAGGAUUUAAUGUUUUUAACUGCUUCAACAAAUGUCUGGUAAACUGUAAAUAGAGGACCAAUCUAUUUAUUACUGUACACAUUUUAAUGAUGAACCUUUUUAACAUAUCUAUUUUUAAUUUAUUUUAUGUAUCAAUGGUGUGAUAGCAUUGUCGUAGAUGAACACUCCUUCCUCUAAGCUAACAUUUGCAAAAGAUUGUUCACUUCAUUUUGGUGAACAGACUGACAGCUGCAGUCAUUACGCUGUUGCACAGCAGCUGCAUUAUCCACAGUAUUCAUGGUGGUCUUGCUUUAAAAAUAAUCUGUGUUGGAAAUAUUUGAGAUUGUUCCUGUUUUCCUGGCGUCCUGUGACAGCAUUUGUCUGUGCAGCAGUACCAUUGUCUCUGGACUGACAGUUUGUUAGGGGAGAGAAUAACUCUCCUGAGUUCUGUUCGGCUUAUCGGUGUGAAAAGGUUGAUCAUGUUAUUGUCAAAAUAUAUAUUAAUGACUGCUGAUGGUACUGUGGAUAGUGCUCAAGCUCCUCCAGUCAGGGACGAGUCAGAGAAUUAUUGAUUCAUGAUUACUUGCUUUGUCAGUCCCAUUUCCGUUAUUAUUAUUAUUAUUAAUUGGGAAGGAUUCAUCACUUGAUUGCCAUGUUUAGUGCUCCACAUGACAUUGUACAUUUCUCUAUGAUUCAUUUUGAUGGAUAGUUUCUGACAUACUGUAUGUUGCAAAUCCUAGUUUCAAAUUACACAGAUCAGGAAAAAAAUCCAUUUAUCGCCUCACUUUGGCAAGUUUAAGUCUGUUAGAUUUUGCUAUUGACGUUCAUGGACAAACUAAGUCAACCUUAUGUAAUUAUAUUAACUUUGAGUGUGAAUGAUUGAUCUGUAUGCGGCCUUUUCUAAUGCAAAUAUUUGUUUAUGCAGUAUGCUUGAAUACAUGUGUAGAUGCUGCUUGUGUGUUUUAGAUCACUGUGAGUGCAUGGAUGGAACAAGGUAAAUGAGGUUUGUUUUAGCCCACUGAGAGUCAUGUUUCUCGACCACUGCGUCUGUUAAUUCUUAAUGCAGAUGGAGGAAGGGUGCGAGGAGGGUGAAAGAGGGACUUAGUUCCAACAACAGAGGUGAACCUCACUACUUCUACAAUGAUUGACACUGAUCCCCGUAGCACAAUUCUCUUUUCUUGAACCCCCGUCGAGGAGAUCAAAGUACAGGGUGAGCUGGAAGAGUAUCUUUGGAGUUUGUAGGGAUUCGGUAUCUUGUUAAUGGACAUUUCAGAAGGGCUCAUGGACACGGGACAGAAAAAUCUCAUGAACACGAGACUUCCAGUCGGACAAUUCAUCAAACCAUCAGGCCACGCUGACUGUAUUUUCCAGCGGCACAGUCCAGACAUCGACCUUUUUCAAGUUUCAAACUGCAACCACAAUUGGCAUUCUAGCAAACACAUUGUUUACCAAUUACUAAUGCCUCACAAGUGGACACUUAAGCAAUGCAUUUUGAAAGAAACAGAGGAAAUGGUAUCACUUAACCUGUCAAGAGUUGUUGAAGACCUAACAUCCAACCAACAUGUUUGUUCACCAAUCCUGUAUGAUAAUUAAGAAAUCCUUAAUGAGCUUCCUGACUCCGUGAGCUACAAUUGCACGUGCACAGGCCAACGCAGCCCUACUGAGAACUGACGAGUCAACUCGAAACAUCCUCAUUGUUAUCAUCCUCUAUAGCGAGUGCAGCUGUUGGCUAUGGGAGGUGGGCCUGCAGGUGCUACACAAGCCAUGAACGGAGUCUGGAGAGGAAAGAUGAAUUGUGAAGAUACAUAUGUUUUCAUUAUUAUUUUCAGUAUUAAUGUAUAGCCCACAUAGUUAAAUGUCAACCAACGCCCAUCCUUGAGUCCUCUCUCGUGUCUGCACUGCUUCUGCAACCUGACGUGUUUCUGUUCUUGUGACGUUUGCAUUUCAUCAGCUUGAAGUUUUCUUUGUUCUGUCUUCAAUAGUGCACUUGCUUGUUCCAUUUGUCCACCUCUUUGUCAUACUCUUGACUUCCUGGUGUAUUCGGCUGUCAUUGUAUUCAUUGUAGUCCUUUUCGUCCUUCUCCUCCUUAAAUAUUAGAUGUCUUCAUUCACUCACUUGUAUUCUUUUAAACUUUCAUUUUACUUUGAUUUUAAAAGGACAUAAAGUCCUCAAUUUUCCCGUCAUGUGUGUGUCCAUGUUGUAAAUAGAACAAUGUAAACAAAAAACUAAUGCUGAAUAAAAAUUACAUAUUUUGUUUGCAGAGAUGAUUGAAACUUUUUUUCUCAUAAAGUGGCUGUUACAUUG